CCUUUUUUUUUCCUCGUCUGCUGUGACUGUCAGACGCUUUCAGCCUUCCAGAGAUCAGAUCUAACAUGGUUCUCACGCAAACCCAGCGGCAGCAGCAGCGUCUAUAAGGAGCUGCAGCAGGAGGUCGGACCAGAGGAACCAGGACCAGGAGAUGGCUCAGAAGACGGCUCUGAUUGUUUUCGCCCACCAGACUCCGGGUUCGUUCAAUGCGGCGGCCCGAGACGUGGCGGUUCGGGAGCUGUCGGAUCAGGGAUACCGAGUCCUGGUGUCGGACCUGUACGCCAUGAAGUUCAGAGCUGAUGCCACGAGAGACGACAUUAAAGGUGAGCUGAAGAACUUGGAGCUGUUUCAGUACGGAGAUGAAACCAUGUUCGCCUGGAUGGAGAACCGACUCAGUGAGGACAUCAUAGCCGAGCAGCAGAAAGUGACUGAAGCCGAACUCAUCAUCUUCCAGUUCCCGUUGUACUGGUUCAGUGUUCCUGCCAUCCUGAAGGGUUGGUUUGAUCGAGUCCUGGCUCAAGGAUUCGCCUUUUCCCUGGAAAAAAUGUACGACAACGGAGUGUUCAAGGGGAAGAAAGCGAUGUUGUCCUUCACCACUGGAGCCACACAGACCAUGUUUCAGCCGGACGGCAUCAACGGAGAUAUCAACAUCAUUCUGUGGCCUCUUCAGAACGGAAUUCUGCACUUCUGUGGAUUCCAGGUUCUGGCUCCUCAGAUCUUCUACAGUCCGGCUCACAGUCCGCCCGCCGUCAGAACCUCCAUGCUGGAGGGUUGGCGAGCUCGGCUCAAAGAACUGAUGAAGGAGAAGCCUUUGAGCUUCGCUCCCAUCGAGCUCUUUGACCUCAGCUUCCAGGCCGGCUUCCUGCUGAAGCCCGAAGUGAAGAAGGAACAAGAGCAGCAUGAGUUCGGCAUCACGACGGGUCAUCAUCUGGGGAAACCGCUGCCGCCGGACAACCAGACCAGAGCAGGAGGCAGGAAGUAGAAACUUCUCUUCAUCUCCCAUUCUUUAAUAUUACGACAUCACUUAAUGAAGAAAUGUGUGAUUCCAGACACGUCAUGUUUACUGAAACUGAAAUAAAACCAGAUCCAAAACAAAGACUGGAACUGAUUCUUAUCUGAUUCAAACACAGAUUUUUCACUUGUUGCUAAAUUAAUAAUAAUAAUAUUGAAAACUAAACUACAAACACCUUCAAAAGUCUUUAGAUCUCACCACUCUUCCCCGAGUAAUCUAAACUCAGAAUGUGAAAAACAUGUUUUAUUUGACAUCUGAAGAUAAAAUCUGCCAUUUACUUCUGAGAAUUAUUUCUUUAGUUGUGUAGAAAUCUAAUCUGAAGACACAAAACAACAACAAAAAUGCCCACAAAAGACCAAAAACAUCUGCAAAGACACUGUUCGUAGUGAGGGGCCUUUUACAUUUCUGUAUCAAGGAGCAUAUUGUCUCAAAAUCCUACAAAUGAUGAGUUCUUGGGUAUCAGGGUGGAUGAUCAGAUCUCUUUUAGAAUACAUGUUAAGCAGGUUGUGAAAAAACUGCCUCAAACCACCAGAACUUGGGCUGUUUCACUUUUUUCUGUUACUUCAGGACGUUGACCUUUGAGUUUAUUUGAGUUAACACCCUAUUUAUGCUGAUUGUUAUAAUCUACCUCAUGUUUGUUCUUGUUGUGCUUCAUUUGAUAAUGUUUUGUGACUUUAUCAGGGCGUCUUGGCCGGGUCUUUUCUAAAGACAGAUUUUAAUCUUCUGGUUAAAUAAAUGAAUUUAAAGUA